AUGUUUUUUAAUAAUUACUUUUUUAUUAAAUCACAAAUAGUGUCUCGGGGUGCAAGGGGCUAUUAUAGUAAGCAGUUGAUAACUGGAAAAAAGGAAUUUGAAACAAAAGUGGAAACCAAUGGUAUUAGUGUUCCCAUUUUAUUGGUUGGCAAUAAAGUCGAUCUUCUCAAUACAGAACAAGCAAAAAAUUCGGAAAGUGUUUUAAAACAAAAAGUCGAUGAAAUGAAUUACACAAAUGGAUAUUUAAUCUCAUCGAAAACUGCAUAUAAUGUGGAUAUUAUAAUGAAUGAAAUAGUCCAUUUAAUUCUGGAAAACCAAACACAACAUUAA